CAGAUGGAACUCCUGUUCUCCCUGUCACAAAUUUGUGUACAUCUAAUUGGUGCUGAUGGUCAAAUUAAUACUUCUAAUUAAAAUUGACUUACUUCUCAAAAUGUAGAUCGUUUUUAAUAGUGAUAAAUAAGUGGAGACAAAAGUGCUGCGAAAGUGAUGUAAAAGCAAAGAUCAGUUUUUGUUGAUGGCGAGCUACAUUUUGAACAAAAAAUAUAUAAUGUGUCGAAGUGCGGGUCAUAAUAUGUAAAGGUGACGUCCUGCAAUUUUCCGAGACAGUCAAUAGUGUCAUGUGGAAUUCUAAUACGUAUAUAGUGUUGUGUAUAUGCCGAUAGCACGAACGAGACCGAACACAAUGCGGACUGCACCCUUAAUUUAUGGAUAAUAAACAUUUCCUAAGGCGCGCUACUGUUGCUUAGUGUGGGACGUGUUUUCCAUUUUCAAACUUAUUUACAUUGCGGAAAAAAUUGGCGUUUGAAGAAGUGGAUCUGAUUCAAAUUAAUAAUGAUAAAACUCAGAAAGUGUGAUAUUCUUAUCGCUUUCUUAUUGGGUUUUAAGAUUGUGGUAGUGGCAAAUCUACAACACGCCACUGACUUAAUCCCCGAGCAGCGCAAUCACAACUUGCCUCUAACAGAAAAGUUUAAUAAAUAUUUAAGAAACCAGGAAAAUGGCUCUUUAAAUAAUUCAGAGGUAGUGCUGCCCAAAUCAUCACGCGUUUUCGACAGUGGUUUCGAUCGGGAAAAUGUAGAGUUUUCAAUAGAAUCUGAUAUAACAUUCCACGGCAACGAGAGGCCAACACAUGUUACGGAGCCUAUACAUCGAAAAGAAAAAGUAAUUGUAGAGUCUACUAGCCAAGCACAGAGUGAGAUACGCGCUUAUGAAGAUAUUAAUACGACCAAUAACAACGAUGAAUUACCCAAAUACGAAAAUGUGGAAUAUGAAGAGCGGUCAUCUGGUACCAUAUUGUCGAAACUUAAUACAGCUGAAUCUGGCAACGCUUUGCCAAUAUUUUUAACCGAACCAGAAAAUGUUUAUGUCAUAAAGAAUCGACCGGCUGUUCUCAAGUGCAAAGCUGCGCAUGCACUCCAGUUACUCUUCAAAUGCAGUGGUAGUUCUCAGCCUCCGCCGUCAACGCAUGACAAGCAUGUCGACCCUCAUACUGGUGUUCACGUGGAAGAAGUAACUGCUACCAUACACCGCGAUUUGGUAGAUGAAUAUUUUGGCAAGGGUCCUUUCAAGUGUGAAUGUCAAGCUUGGUCGUCACGUGGUGUUGCUAAAAGUCAAGCAGCUACUAUAAGUAUUGCAUAUAUUAGGAAGCAUUUUACUACGUCACCCACCUCCCUAAAGGUUGAACUUGGUUCCAAAGCUGAAUUACAUUGUGAUCCUCCUGGUGCAUUUCCCGAACCGAAAAUAACAUGGUUCAAAAACAAUAAUCCGUUGACAGUUUCUAAUGAUCACGGAAUUGCUAUAUCUAUCGAUGGCACUACCAUCACUUUCGAUAUUGUAUCUUUACAGGAUAUGGCAAACUACACAUGCAGUGCCGAGAAUGUUGCUGGUAAACGGAUAUCAGACUCAGCAGUUCUAAUCGUCUACGUAAAUGGAGGAUGGAGCUCCUGGAGUCCUUGGAGGGAAUGCAAAUGCUCCGGGAAACUAAGUCAGGGUCGAAAAAGAGUUCGUUUUUGUAAUAACCCGAUUCCCUUGAACGGCGGCUCGCUUUGCUCUGGUGCACAAGUCCAAAAAUCUGCUGAUUGCAUAUCAUGUCCAGAGGAGACACAAAUUGUAACAGCAGACGGAUAUGAUCCAUUAUCAAGUAAGAAACUAGGCAGAUGGACGCCGUGGAGUGAGUGGAGUUCGUGUUCUUCCGACUGCAUCCAACUUCGCCGACGAAGAUGCGUUUUUCCUGCUUCGGACGAUUUGAGUGUUGAAAGCAUUGAAGAUUCAGUGCUAUCAGUAAACAUAGCGAAUGCUAACAAUAACGGCGUUGGUGGACUGGGGUUCGGAAAGAUUCAAUGUUCUGGCAAAGAUAUUCAAACAGCUGAAUGUCGUGGAGAGCAUUGCCUAAUUGGCAAGGAUGGCUUCGAUUGGACUCUUUAUCUUGGCUUAGCGUUCGUUAUUACUGUCUGUAUUGCAUUUGGAGCCGCUCUGAUUUACUAUGCACGGCGAAAUUUAUCUAUUAAUUCCCAUUAUAAUAUGACCAGAACCAAUAUGAACUCUGAUUAUGUCCAAGGAAUAAAUAAGAAGGGAAUCAAUGUUGAAACCACAAAUGCCAAUUACGAUUACCCCAGUUCGGAUCACAGAUUUAUGUCCAAUGAUCACAUCAUAAGUUGUGGAGUUUCUGAACAUCACUAUGACGUACCGAAUUUAUCUGCUAAUUAUACCAACCCCAUAGACGAAAUAAGUGCGGAGUAUGUCACUGAUACACCAGAUACCUCCACAGCGGAUACUUCAAAUUCUACUUACGAUAUAACCGGCAAAAUUUCAAUACCUUCCGUCUCCAAAAAUGUUGCAACUGAAAUUUUUAAUAAUUGUGGAGGUAGUUUGAGCCUUUAUAAAGGAGAAAUAAUGCUGCAUGUUCCAGAGUUUGCCAUCGGCAAAAAUCAAAAGAAGCAUAUGUCCUUGAUUCUACUGAGCGACGAAAGCGCUCGAAUAUCCAUACCCUGCGCUGAGCCUUUGUUUGUAUGCAGCACAAUCAUCUACUGCUCACCGCGAAACUAUAGCUUCCAGAAACCAGUUAUAGUAAAACUGCCGCACUGUCUGGUGGAUCCCCGGCAAUGGAAUGUGAACAUAUACCACGCCGAUAACGAUCAUUAUGACAUCAAUUCAAAUUGGCGGAAAAUAAUCGCGGUUGGAGAAGAAACUAUAAAUACCCCAGUUUUCGUACACUUGGAAGAUAGCCAUUUGUUCAUCAUGACCGAGCAAUUGGGACGUUUCGCAGUCGUCGCUGAGCCGAAAGUGCACAACAAUCCCCAAGCUUCUAUUAAAAUGCGGCUUAUUGCUUUUAGUCAGCUAACGCCGAGCAACUCAAACUGUAGCCUUCGAAUAUAUGUCGUAAAGGACUUUCCUAAUAGUAAAGAUAUUUGCACGAAUAUUGAAACUAAACUUGGCGGUACAAUUAUGGGUGAAAGUGAAUCUUUUGAUUUUCACCUCAAUACUUGCGACUUAGUUAUUCGUGUUCGUAAUACAGGGUCCAGUUCGUGGGACAUCAAAGAGCACAACGACUAUGAACAGAUGAUACCCUACAAUCACAUACUUAAUAAUAAUUCAAUUUUGCACUGCGAGUUUAGUAUAAAACGAUCGCUAAACUCUCCGUUGAUAUUCGAAGUGGAUUUCGAGCAGUGUGGUUUGGAGACCAGCGAAAGGCAAGUGCAUGCGUUCGUUAUUUCAAAUGAACGUUUUCCGCAAACCGAUGUAACAACGCACACAUUCGACCAUCAGCAAGCAAUUGUCUCGAUUGAUCGUGAUAGCAGUUAUGUGAAUGAGACGAAUAGCUUGAGUAGUGUCUAUCUGCCACGAACGUGCAAGCGACUUAUUUGCGCUGCUCUGGACCCACCGCGUCAAGAUGAAAAAGAUUGGCGUUUGUUGGCGAAAAAGCUCGGCACUGAUCAUUACAUAGCAUAUUUUGCUACAAAGCCUUCGCCGACCGAGCAGAUUCUCAAUUUGUGGGAAUGUCGUGCAAGUAACUCCUCGCGUACAAUUGUUGAAUUAUUAAUAGUGUUCAGUGACAUGGACAGAGAAGAUAUAAAGCAAAUUAUAACAGAUACUAUAGGCCCACUUUGGGUGUGAACAAAGCUUUGGAAAGCGGAAAGCGAUUAUUAUUGAUAUGUUCAGAUGCCUUUUAUUUGGAAAACUAAGAGAUUAUAGUAAUAGACAUUAAUAAUUAAUAAGAUAAGUAUAUGUAUUGCUACAUACUCAUUGACUAAUAAGUAGUUGGGGCUCCCAAAGUGUUUCUUACACAGUCGCGGUCACAACCCGGUUAAUUGCUUCAUAAGAAAGUGUAACAAAUUGCAUGAUAAUUUCACCUAUUUCACCUAGGUAUGUUUUAGCUACUCUUUUUACAGAUGUAUAUACUUUGAAAUUUUAUUGAAAAUAAGUACUUGCAACUUCAACCGAAUAUAAAUAUACAGUGUGCGCUCUCCUAACGGACAGCUCUCUUAAGCUGCGAUUAGUGAUAUCGCGGUUUAGCCAUAACCGUAACCAAAGCAAUCAGCUGUUCUGAUCAAACAUAUGGGCAUCACUGUAAACGAUUAUAGGUGGCACACCAUAACGCCGUAACCAUAACCGUUGCCGUAGGUAUCUAUUUAAUUUUGAUUUUUCGCGUAAGCAGCUUUACUUUACAUUUGUUUUGGUAUUUCCGAUAAAAAUUUGAGUAUUAGAAUUUAACGACGAAAAAUUAAAUGACUUAGUGGAA